UGUAAACACUAUAAAGCUCUAGAUAUUUCAAACCGUGGUGAUAACAUUGUGCAAUUACUACGUCAGAGACUUUAUUUAUUCAGGGUUCAGCUCAACCCACACUAUACUUUCUCUCCACCACUCCAGUAAUACACACACAACACUAUGGCGGAGCAAGCUGAACCUGAAUCCGGAGAAUCUUGUAGUGAAACCUUGUUUUUAGCAGAAACAAACUCCCAAUCCGUCCUGCCGAAGGAUAUAAAGGUUGGAACUGAAAUAUGCAAGUUUUAUCUUGUAAACAAAUGCAGGUUCGGAGAUGAAUGUCUGAACCUGCAUGAAGGGGAGGUUAAAGAAGGAAAGAAGAAAUCAAAGAAACCUGUGGAAAAUUCGGAGAAAAAAGAAAAGGGAAAGAAACCUUCGAUGAAAACUGCUCUGGAUGUGAUCAAGAGAAUUAAGUGGGAUUCAGAUUUUACUCAGGAAUAUUUUGUUGUUGGAUAUCUGGACAGAUUCCUUGGCGUCGUAGAAGAACAGUUUACAGCAUUUGUUUGGGAGGAUCUUGCAACCUUGGACUGGGACGUUCUUGCAAUUCCACAGCAUAGGAUACAGUACUUCAAGUACAAAAAUGCCAAGGUUUGGGAUAAAAAUGAGAGAUUGGACAUCGUUUUUGGGAGCACAGGAAGCAAGGUUGGAAUUCUGGAGUUUAUGGAUCAAGUUGACACAAACAUCAGAGACAAUCCAAGUCCUGACCUGGAUUCAGAUUCAGAUUCAGAUUCAGACUCAGAGAACGGAGAAACUAAAAUAAAUUUCAAACCUCAAAACCAUGAGCAAACCCAUACCCGGAUACUGGAGGAGGACAGGUCAACUCAUUUCCUCGCCUUGAAGAUUAAUUGUAAAAAUCUUAAAUCUGAGUUGGUGAAGGUUCAGGAAACCUUGGUUAGUAAAGAGGAGAUUCUCCGAGAUUGUUGUAUGAAGGAAGGUUUGUUUCACAUGACUCUGGGUAUGUUUAGACUAAUGGAUAUCCAGGGUAUACAACUAGCUGUAGAUAUGGUUGAGAGUAUAAAAGAAGAAGCUGAAAAGAUUCUAAAAGCCGGAGAUAACACUUUGGAAGUUAAACACUUGAACAACUUCGGACACAGAGUUCUCUAUGCUGAAAUACAUCCCAAGGAUCCUGUGUUGUUUAAGAAUUUUAUCGAGUUUAUCAAAACUAAAUUUGAGUCUUUAGGGGAGAAGGUGCAGAGCACAAACAGCUUCGAUUUUAUUCCUCACAUCACCCUGGCCAAGGUUUCAAGACCAAUAUCGAGGAUUCGAAGAUCCCAGUUCAUCGAUGAAUCCUUUUAUGACGGGUUUAAAGAUAAAUACUUUGGAGCUCAAGGUUUGGAUAAUCUUCAACUUUGUAUAAUUGAGAGUUCGACCAGGUUCGAUGGAUUCUACACAACCUUGGCUCAUGUUAAUUUGUAAUAUUUUGUGUCCAGUUGCAUUUAAAAAUAAAUUUCAUCAGGAUUA